CACUGCUUGUUCUUUUGGAGGGCAGCAGUGGUCGCUGCUCUUGAUUUUUUUGUUCUUUUUGGGGAUUGUGGUGGUCUCCCGCAAAGAAAGCCAGCUAAUCAUUUGGGUUCCUCCGUGAUGGAGGUUCUGGCUGAAAUCACCCGAGGCUUCUGAAGCUGGUGGCUGGUCUUGCACUUCGUCUUUAAGCCUUGGUGAUCCAGGGGAUUGUCAGGAAGGUGGUGGAGGAUUCUCAUUUGGUUUAUUUGGGAGAAUAGAUCUCAUCUACCAUGAAGGGAUCUGCAGUCUUGUUGGAAGUUCUAUUGCUUCUUGCAUCAAUCAGCAAUUUCCCAUGGGCAGCUGCAGACAACCUCAGUUGCAUGCCAACGAGAUCAAAAGUAUAUCGACCACACAGAGUCACAGUAACUGAGUUUGGAGCUGUUGGAGAUGGAGUGACGCUUAACACUAAAGCAUUUCAAAAUGCCAUCUUUUAUCUACAGUCAUUUGCUGAUAAGGGUGGGGCGCAGCUCUUUGUACCAGCAGGAAGGUGGUUGACAGGAAGUUUUAAUCUUAUCAGCCACCUCACAUUGUGCUUAGACAAGGAUGCAGUAAUUAUUGGAUCCACAGAUUCAUCAAGCUGGCCAGUUAUCGAUCCAUUGCCUUCAUAUGGUAGAGGUAGAGAGCUACCUGGUGGGAGGCAUAAAAGCCUCAUUCAUGGUUCAAAUCUGUCAGAUGUGAUAAUAACUGGCGACAAUGGAACUAUUGAUGGCCAAGGCAGCGUUUGGUGGGAUUGGUUCCAUAAUAUGACGCUGAACUUUACUCGCCCACAUUUGGUUGAGCUCAUGUAUUCAACCAAGGUGGUUAUCUCAAAUCUGACAUUCAUUAAUUCCCCAUUUUGGGCCAUUCAUCCUGUAUAUUGCAGCGAUGUCCUUGUCGAGAAAGUCACAAUUCUCGCUCCUCCUGAUUCACCAAACACAGAUGGAAUUGAUCCAGACUCAUCAAACAAUGUCUGCAUUGAAGAGUGUUACAUCAGCACUGGUGAUGAUCUAAUUGCAGUCAAAAGUGGGUGGGAUGAAUAUGGCAUUGCCUUUGCUCAUCCAAGCUCCAAUAUCAGUAUCCGCCGCAUUACUGGAGAAACAAAAUUAGGUGCUGGCAUUGCCUUUGGAAGCGAGAUGUCUGGUGGUGUAUCGGAAGUUUGGGCAGAGGACAUCCACCUCUUCAACUCAAAGCAUGGUAUCAGAAUAAAAACAUCUCCAGGGCGAGGUGGCUAUAUUCAAAAUAUAUACAUCUCUGAUGUGAUCAUGAAGAAUGUGGACAUAGCGAUCAGGAUCCAGGGUCAAUAUGGCGAGCAUCCAGAUGAGAAGUAUGACCCAAAUGCACUUCCAGUCAUAAACAGGAUAACCAUCAAAAACGUCACAGGAGGAAAUAUCAGACUUGCAGGUCUUUUAGAGGGCAUUCAUGGAGAUAAUUUCAGCAACAUUUGCCUAUCUAAUGUCAUCCUCAACGUAACAUCCCCCAAUCCUUGGAAUUGUUCAUAUGUUGAAGGUUAUUCUAAUAUGGUGUCUCCAGAGUCCUGUGAGCCUCUUAAAGAAAUACCUGAAGAUUCUUCUAUUUGUUACCCAGCUAAACAUUUGAAACCGCAACGAUCCAAUGCAAUUCAGUUGUUUAGUCCCUUCAUUAAGUUCAUAGCAUGGUAACCAAAGUCUGGCACUGUUUAUAAGUUGCAACUCCUACCAAAGGAUGUUCGUUUGUCGGAAAUGUUUGGUUUUGUAUGGUUUGUCAAAAAUAGAGUGUAUAGAGUCUUGGAGUUUCCAUCAUGUAAGUAAUCGUAUGCUGAACAGCUAUAUGAAAUUGAUUUUUUUCCUUGUAACA